UUAGUAAUUACCACUAUUUAAGUAUUUAACUAUUUAGUCUUUACUGCAAAGUGGUAGGUAGCAGAUUACUCAGUAGCAAGUCAAGCUAGCUGACGGAAACAGAUUUGUGAUUUAGGAAUCGUGAAGAGAUCUACCUAAAAGGACGAUGUUCUCCGGAAAAGUUGUACUUAUCACUGGAGCGAGUUCGGGAAUCGGUGCUGAAACAGCAUUGGAAUUUUCCAAACUAAAUGCUAGCUUGGUUCUGACUGGCAGGAAUGAAAAAAAUUUGUCCAAAGUCAGUCUUGAUUGUAAGAACAUCUCUCCAAAUAAAUUAAAACCUUUAGAAAUUGUAGCUGAUCUCACCCAAGAAAAAGAUGUAGAAAAAAUAAUAAACAUCACAAUAAAUCAUUUCAAUAAAAUUGACGUUUUAGUAAAUAAUGCUGGAGUAUUGUCUUAUGGUAGUAUAGAAACAACGUCUUUAGAUCAAUAUGACCUUAUAAUGAACACAAACGUUCGGGCUCCAUAUCAUUUGACUAUGAUUGCUGCACCAUAUUUGAUUAAAAGCAAAGGCAAUAUUAUAAAUGUGUCAAGUUUGGCGGGAUUGCGAGCUUUUCCCAGUACACUCGCCUAUUGUACUUCUAAGGCAGCAUUAGAUCAGUUUACAAGAUGCGUAUGUCUUGAACUGGCGCCGAAAGGUGUGAGAGUCAAUGCUGUUAAUCCUGGUGUGAUUGAAACCGGAAUUCAUUUAAAAGGAGCAAUGACUGACAAAGAGUAUGAAGCUUAUCUCAUCAGAUGUAAAGAGACUCAUGCAUUGGGAAGAACUGGCAAUGUUAAAGAGGUAUCGAAUGUUAUAGUAUUUUUGGCUAGCGACGCUGCAAGUAAUAUUACUGGUGCUACAAUCCCUGUUGAUGGAGGCCGACAUGCUAUGUGUCCUCGAUAAUUUCAAAUAAAAUUGGAUAAUCUUUCAUCUUAACUAUUUUUGAUGUGUUUACAUUUAUAGUUAUCAAGUUAUGCCUAAACUUUGUAACGCUAUUAUUGUUAUCACUUAAAUUUAAAAAAUAAAAAUGAAUUCCAAUAA